AGAGAGAGAUCGAGAGAAAGAAGGAUCGAGAGAGUCUCGAACCUUCCAGUUAUUGAAACAGAAUAUAAAAUUCAACAGUAAAUGAACUGGAGCCAUCAUCUUCAAGCUUCGCCUGCUUCCUUUGAGGACUGGCCGGAAUCUUCGCCGGAGGGAGGGGUUGGGAAAAGAGGAGUAAGUGGUCUGAGAGCUUUGAUUUCUCUGGCUUAGACUGACGUCCCACAAUGCCGAAGAUGGCAGAUGAUUACUAUGUGGAACUCGGCGUCUCCCAGAACGCGUCGCCUGAGGAGAUCCGGAGCGCCUACCGCAAGCAAGCGGUGAGAUGGCAUCCCGACAAAUGGACGAGAGUACCCGCAGGGGCUGAGGAAGCCAAGAAGAAGUUCCAGAACGUCCAAGAGGCAUAUUCAGUGCUCUCCGAUGGGCGGAAAAGAACGUUAUAUAACGCAGGCCUAUACGAUCCGUCGGAAGAGAUGGAUGAGGGCUUGUGCGAUUUUGCUCAAGAGAUGUUCUCUCUCAUGGCCGAAGUGAGAAACGAGAAAAAGAGAUACGGCUUAAGAGAGCUUCAAGAUAUGUUAGGCCAGAUGAUGGAAGAUCAGGCUUUAUGUGGAGGAUGGUUCGAGGCACCCACAGAACCUUCGGGUGCUUCCAAGAGAGCUCGAGACCCAGGGCAGGAGAGCUACCAGAGGGCCGUCAAGGGCAGGGCGAGUGGAUUUGUUCAGGUCCGAAAUCUUUCUAGCGCGCUUUCUCCAAUCGGAUGAACUUGCUUUCCAAUCGCUUGGCGACGGCGGUGCUGUUGUGAUUGCAAGAGAAAUUGCGACCUCUUUUUCUUGUAAAUAAGAAAAUUUAGGGCCAGCGUCCGCCAAGAGAUUAAAAAAACAAAAAAGGGAGCAAAAAUUUAAGGUUUCAGUUUGAAGGAAUUUGAAGAUUUGUUCCAGGCUUUGCGCUAGCUGAUGGUCUUUGGAUUGUGCUCAUUUUCUUUUGUGAAUUGUCCUAUAAUUCGUAUUAUAUGAGAGUUUAUCAGAAAAAACUUUGAACAAUUGCUCAUUCUAUUUGUUAACCAUACUUCCAUUGCCAGAGAUAAGUACAGGCUUUCUUUCUGAUGAA